UGAGUGAUACAGGUAUUGAGAUGCUUGCUUUCGCACUGCGCGGUAUUGUGCUGAUAGCUGUGCUCAGUUGGUACAGUACCAGCGUAUGGAAGAUGAUCGACGGCUACUUCAAGAAUAAAUUCGACAAAUACUUGAAAGAGGAAUUUGAGAAAAACCCCGGAAUGAAGGCGGACAUGGCGGGACAGAAGCGAGAGAAAGUGGAAGUUGCUCCCCGAGAGUUUCUGGCUUCUUGUCAACUUGAUACAUGUCUGGUUGAUAAGGUAGAGGUACUCCGGGAGGAUAACAGUUCACCAGCAGGAGUGUACGCGAGGCAAACGAAUCAAGCAGCAGAAAAGGAAAACAUGUCAAACAUUUCACCUGUAGAUAAUCUCACAAUCAGAGAGGGAACAAAAGGGGAAACUGAUAAGAGGACCGAGACACCUGCAGACACGAAGCGUGAGAAGACAACAAGGGUGAGGAAAAAAAUAGUAGUGCAUAGUCAGGAACCGCCGAAGAGUAAAAGGAAAAAAGUCAAAACAAUAACGCUGACUGAGGAAGACUUUGAAGAGGUCAAGAUGAAAAUGGACAUUGAUGAGUAUGACUUUACCGAGUUUGAGUAUGAAGAACAACCGCCGGAAGGUAUUCUUGUUUCUAAACUGGGCUUCAAGCCAAAAGCGGAUAUUGGAAAUCUUGAUAGAGUGACUGAGGACGAAUUUUGCCCCAUCAGUUUGGAGUACGAGGGUGACUGCAGUGAAACCAAGACGUGGCCGUAAAUAUUCAGCCUUCAAACUUGGAUUUGCUUCCGCGUGAAUGAAUGAAAAUUGAUGAGUUGCACUUUGUCAUUCGGGGGGACGAAUGUGAGGUACAUGUUGAUGAUGGCUAUUGAGAAAAUGUACACAAGGCAGUUCUAACAGUACAAACGGGUUAAAAUACAUCCGGCGGAAGUAAUCGAUGUCACACGCUCGUUGGGCUUUGAAUCUUUAAAAGGAGAUGUCUUUUAUCUGGUGAUGAACAACGGAUUGCCAUUUGUGUGGGGUAAUGAUACUCGCCUUUUCCUGCACUUCAGUUGGUGGUACUAUUGAUGUCUGUAAUUACUGAUAAUUGUUAUCAAUCGUGCUAUUAGUAGCUAUAUUUUAUGAAGUGGUGGUCUUCUCUCAUUCGAUUGCUCGUAUUGAAUUAUGUACAUUCAGAGUAAAACUUAUUCCUUUUUUUGUAAGUAAAAAAACUGAUUGAAAGUGAUAAUUCCAGAACACUUAUAUGACCUUGAAUGACGUCACAGCUCCGGUCCAUCGACGCCAUCUUUCAUCAAAUUUAUGUUUUGAGAAAAUGAAUCAGUGAGAAAAGCGAUUGAUCAAUUCACGAUUGGCGAUUUCUCAACUACGAAGUGUGCUGAGAUGUGACGUCAUUAGCCCUUUUCUGUGAAAGUUUUUGGUGAUUUGUAUCGAUUGAAUAAACGGAAUGAUAAAAUUUUGAAAU